AAGACUGGUCAUGUCAUUGUCUACUCUCAAUUUUUCCGCUAAUCCUGGUGAUCUUCAUUCCCAGCGCUUAGUGCAAUCAUACCAGCGUCUAUAUCGUGCCGAACAGCCCUCGACAAUACGGAAAUAGCAUGAUCUGAACCCUCAACUUCCCUCUCAGCUGAACUCUAUCCGCAUACCACAUCCUUACCCCCGUCUUACUUUCUCGUUGAUUCCGUCCACACCACUCAGCCCAUCUUCAAUCCUCAUCAAUAUGCUCCAUCACACCAUCAUGCCCGGUAGCUCAGAAAGCCGAUAUAUCAGACUUGAAGUCAUCAGCGGAAAGAAUAUUCAAGUUCCUUCCAAGCGCAUUCCUGCUGGCAUCUACAUAUUCAUCAAUGUCGACUCCAGGAGGCGCUGGAAAUCAGCCAUCAGUGUCCUAUCAUCUGAUAGAUCUGUAACGUGGGGGGAUUCUGUCACUCUAUCAUCACACUCCUCGCCUGCAUUGUCAGUCGAGAUCAGGGCGUCCUUUGAGCUUGGUCGACCGCUAGGCGGUGGAGAGGUCAUUGGCGAACUUCAGAUGUCGUGGGAUGAGCUACUCGAUCAUGGAGAUGAACCAUUUGAUAUAUCCUUCCCACCCGUGCAUGGUCUCCACCCUUCCUUUCGGCUGAAGGUUGCCAUUGUACAUGCUUGCGACGAUCAGGACGAAGCACUAUUUGAUUCCCUUGUAGACUGCGAGAUUGCUCGAGACACAGAUGCGGGCCACGCACAAUUGGCCGCAUACGUGACAAGCAAGAAUGUCUCUCACCUGAACGACGCAAUAGAGCAUUUUCAGUUGGUUCUAGACCUGUGUCCGGUCGGCCAUCCAGACCAUGCCACGGCUCUCACCAACCUCGCGUGGGCCCGCCUCAAAGGCUACAUCCGAAAUGAUUUUGAAGACAUCGAUGCCACCACUUCCCACUUCCGCGACGCCCUUGCAUUGCAUCCGCAGUCCCAUCCCGGUCAUCCCUUAUCUCUGUAUAAUCUUACCGAAGCGCUGAGUUGGCGCCACAACAAGAAAUGGACUGCUGUCGACAUCCGCGAAGCCGCGCAACUCUGUCAUGAACUACUGCCUCUCUGUCCAGAGGGCACCUACCUUCGUAGUAUCGCGGCAGGGGAAAAUGGUGUUGAUUAUGUGAUUGGCGGAUGCAACAAACUUCCAAUAGACGCAUCCGAUGAAGGCAUCCAUCUUCGAAGAGUCGUCCUCGAGCUCUGUCCUCUGGGCCAUCAACUGCGUCCCAGAGCUCUCGACAAGCUUGCACGAGCGGUUAAAGUACGCUUUGAUCAGCACGGCAGCAUCGAUGAUAUUGACACGAGCAUACAACUUCGUCGCGAAGCCGUAUCUCUGUGUCCCGAGGGACAUGCUGGCCGUGAUAUCUACCUGAACAACUUGGCUGAAUCCCUCCAGUCUCGCUUCGAUCACCAAGGCAAACCUAAUGACCUCGAUGAGGCCAUAUCUUUGCACGAAGAGGCGCUGCGCCUGUGCCCUGUUGGGCAUAAAUCUCGUUAUUACUCAUUGGACAACUUAGGGGGCAUCCUCGUGGAACGUUUCAACAAACGCAGCGACAUUGACGACAUCACCCGAGCUAUCAGCCUCCAUCGCGAGGCACUGACUUUGCGCCCAUGUGGGCAUUCAGGUCGUGACACCAUACUUAACAACCUGGCCCUCGCGCUCCAAACCAGAUAUGACAAAUCACAGAUUAGGGAGGAUCUUAACGAGGCCAUUGAUUUCUAUCGCGAAUCCCUUGGGUUAAAGCGGCUUGACCAUCCAGAGCGCCAUGUAAAUCUUUCCAAUUUGAGCUCAGCGCUCUGCUCUCGUUUCGCGCAAACUCAGAAAAAUGAAGAUGUCGAGGAGGCCAUUAAACUUUGCCAAGAAUCAUUGGAGGCUUUGCAUUCACUGCACCCAGACAGAUACUACUCAUAUUUCGAGCUGCGGGAAGCCUAUAUGUCUCGUUACCAGAUUCUACAUGAUCCUGCUGAUUUGUCGCUCGCUAUAGAGAACUUCAGAUUUGCAUCAAGACAUCCUACUCAAGGAUUUCCGCAACGCAUUGAGGAGGUUAUUGAGUGGGCUCGCCAAGCAGAAGUUUGUGGACAUGAAUCAGCCCUAGAAGCAUACCAGAUGUGCUUUGAACAUUUUGACAGCCAUGUGAUGACACGAUCGUCGAUCACCUCGCGGCGUGAGGCUGCAACCGCCUUUCGUGGUGCGCGGUCACUUCCUGUAGAUGCAGCCUCAUGUGCCAUACGUCGUGACAAUCUACGACAAGCACUUGAACUUGUGGAGCAGGGUCGUGGCCAGCAAUGGUCGCUGGCAUCUCGACUCAGGACUCCAGUCGAAGACCUCGAGUCGGCAAAUCCGACACUGGCCCACAAUUAUUUGGAGCUGAGCAAACUCGUUUCCAAUGCAGCCCAGAGUUCUGCAACCAUCACCGACAGAGCUGCUGCUGAUCGGGAAGCAAUGGAGUAUAGGAGACUUACAAGGCAAUGGGAAGCAGCUGUAGCUGAGAUACGCAAUCUUCCGGCGUUCUCGCGGUUCCUGCUUCCACCUUCAUAUGAAGACCUGCAAGCCGCAGCGCGCCAGGGCCCUGUCAUCAUCCUCGUUGCCAGUCAAUACUCGUGCAGCGCCGUCAUCGUCCCGACGUCAGGAGACCCCCAUCAUGUUCCUUUGCCGUCCAUCACUCUCGCAGAUCUCAAGAUUCUUAAGGAUCGCUUCACCAGGGCAAUACGAGAUUCAUCUCGGAUGAACCCACGGGAGUCGAGGACGGAUCUCAUAGUGCUUUUGCGGAUAAUAUGGGACCAGAUCAUGCUACCCAUCGUCGACGUACUCGAGCACGUCCUCAAACUACAGCGCCGCUCUCGAAUCUGGCUGUGUCCGACUGCAGCUUUCACGUCAAUUCCUCUCCAUGCAGCUCACCCGUUUCAAACAAAGGCGGAUCGUUCUGGGAAGGAGCCAUGCCUGGAGGAUCUCUACAUCUGCUCUUACACGCCAACACUUUCGGCUCUGAUCAGAUCUAGACAGUUGAUGAAGAAGCGCGUGCCUCCGUCCUUUGUGGCCAUCGGACAGGGUCAACCGGCUGCAGGGAAGGGCAAGGCGCUAUUGGCCGUCGACAGCGAGCUCGAGCUUGUCCAUAAGCUCGUUCCUGCGACAGCCCACCGCACCACUAUUUCUGGCGAUGAAGCCACACGAGCAGGUGCACUCUCAGCCUUGCAGCAGAACACCUGGUUGCACCUCGCUUGUCAUGGCAAGCAGGAUCCUAAACAGCCUUACGAUUCGCAUUUCGUCAUGAAAGACGAACAUUUGACGCUGCUCGAUAUCAUGGAGAGACAUCUUCCGCAGGCCGAGUUCGCGUUCUUAUCGGCUUGUCACACUGCUGUAGGCGAUGAGGAGACGCCGGACGAAGUAAUUCACCUCGCAGCUGGUCUCCAGUUUUCAGGGUUCAAGAGCGUCGUUGGCACGCUGUGGGAGGUCGACGAUGCUGUCGCGAAACACGUCGUCGAAGCUUUUUACGGGUAUAUGUUUGGAGAUUUGAAGAAUGGUGGUGUCAUGGACUGCACGAGGGCAGCCUGGGCACUCAACUGUGCUACGCACGCGGUGAAGACGAAAGUGCCGCUCGAGCAGAGGAUGGUUUUUAUUCACAUUGCUAUCUUGUUUUCGUAUACUCUGCCGUUUUGUUUUUCGACUAGAAUAUUCACCAAAGUUCUGGUGUACUGAACUCGUUUGCAACUUCGUCUGCUACUUGGGUACUUAGAUCAUGGGAGCUAGGUCACUGGUCAAGCCUACCCGCGCC